CUGCAUUCUCACUAUAACACAUAUUCACCCUUUUUUUCUUGCUACCUUGUAGAGUAAGCAUUCGGGAAAAAUUGAAAACCAUAUGCAUACCAGGAACGUUGACCAAGUAAGUGGAGUGCAAGUUUAUCAGCAACCUCGGUAGCACACAUAGCAUUUGGAAGGUCUUGCUUAUUAGCGAGGACCAGGACUACUGCAUUGCUGAGUUCACUCUGCAAAAAAGGGACAACAGGAGUUGACACCAAGUUCCGGAUCCUGUGAUCCUUUAUGUUCGGUUGACGAAAUGAGCUCAAUUGAUUUUGAGGCUUGUAAUUUUGAGGCCAAUUACAAGCCAAAGACUUAUUUGCUGAAAGCUAUAGCAAUAUUUGCGGCAGCUGCAACAGGGACGGUGGCGGUGGCAAUUAACCACUCAUGGGUUGCUGCUAAUCAGGAUGUUGCCAUGGCACUGCUAUUUGGAAUAGGAUAUGCAGGCAUUAUUUUUGAAGAAUCUCUGGCCUUCAACAAGAGCGGAGUGGGUUUGAUAAUGGCUGUAUGCUUGUGGACAGUGAGAAGUAUUGGUGCUCCUUCAACUGAUAUAGCUGUUGCAGAGUUACAACAUGCAUCUGCUGAAGUCAGUGAAAUAGUGUUUUUCUUGCUUGGUGCAAUGACAAUUGUAGAGGUCGUUGAUUCUCAUCUAGGAUUUAAUCUGGUCACUGACAGUAUAACUACUCAAAAGCCGAGAACACUCCUCUGGGUGGUUGGUUUUGUGACUUUCUUCCUUGGUUCAAUUCUUGACAACCUGACGUGUACCAUUGUCAUGGUCUCUUUAUUGCGAAAACUAGUGCCUCCCUCAGACUUCCGCAAGAUUUUAGGAGGAGUUGUUGUCAUAGCUGCAAAUGCUGGUGGUACGUGGACUCCUAUUGGUGAUGUUACCACCACUAUGUUAUGGAUACAUGGUCAGAUAUCAACAGUGGAGACAAUGAAGGGAUUAUUUAUACCAGCAGUCGUUUCUGUUGCUGUUCCACUGGCACUUUUGUCCCUUACAAGUGAAGCAAGUGGUGAUGGACCAGACACAUCCAAUGUUAUGGCAUCCAAACAGAUGGCUCCCCGGGGACAGCUAAUUGUUUUCUUUGUAGGCUUCGGAGCUUUGAUUUUUGUUCCAGUUUUCAAGUCCCUAACUGGUUUGCCUCCUUACAUGGGUAUGCUGCUGGGACUUGGAGUCCUUUGGAUGCUGACUGAUACAAUCCACUGUGGUGAAUCGCAAAGACAAAGGUUGAAAGUACCUCAGGCUUUGUCACGGAUUGACACUCAAGGAGCGCUUUUCUUCCUUGGAAUUCUUUUAUCUGUUAGCAGCCUGGAGGCUGCAGGAAUUCUUCGGGAAUUAGCAAACUACCUGGAUGCUCAUAUUCCCAAUAUUGAACUGACUGCAAUUUCAAUAGGAAUUGUCUCAGCAAUUAUAGACAAUGUUCCACUGGUUGCUGCAGCUAUGGGGAUGUACGAUGUUGCCUCUUUUCCCCAGGACUCUGAGUUUUGGCAGCUGGUUGUGUAUUGUGCUGGUACUGGUGGAUCCAUGCUAGUUAUUGGUUCUGCAGCCGGAGUUGCUUUUAUGGGAAUGGAAAAGGUGGACUUCUUCUGGUACUUUCGCAAGGUGAGUGGGUUUGCUUUUGCCGGUUAUGCUGCUGGUAUUGCAGCCUAUUUAGCGGCUCAAAACCUCCACAUCUCAAUACCAACAACCGUAGCUCAGGUUCCUUUUCUUUUUGGAUCCUGAAUUAUGACAUAAAUGUUAGCGUGAGUCGUAUAUCGUAGGAAUCCUUGUAUAUAUCAACUUCCUAUUGUAUCUAGGGUUGUACUUUGUACUAUUGUGCUGUUGUGUAAUACAAGUGCAGUAGGUUGUAUGUUUAUAUAUAGUGUUACUGUGUUAGUGCCUCCUAGAGAGAAGAAUAUAUCUGAAAAGUUAUUCUC